ACAAAUUUAUACUUUGUAAAACCGGCUAUCUUUUCAUUAACGGCUCAGAUUAGUGGCUCCAGACUGGUGGACGGCAGAGCUGUUCAUUUUCCACGGCUUGUUCAUCUACUCCUCGAGAAGGAUAUCUGAUGGAUUCCACUUUAGUUACUUCUAUAAAGUAAGCCACAUAAAGUUAAAUGGACUGCUUUAAGGAUAAUGUGUUUGCUGAGGCGAUAAGUUGUACGUCCAAUGGCUAUCAUUGAAUUUAAAUUCUCUGAAGUGGUUGUUUCAGUGUAAGCUGCUACCAAAGAAUCUAUCAAUGUUUUGGGUAUGGUUAUACAAUUAUACUCGUCUCACCUGGGGCUUUUGACGUCGAAUCUUUAGCAUCUUCUUUGGGAACUUGUUCGCCGAUAUGACUUUAUCCGACGAUUGCCUCAUCAGCAUUUUUCAAAAACUUCAAAGCCGUCAUGAUCGAAACGCUUUUGGCCUAACCUGUCGUCAUUGGCAUCACAUUCAAAACAUAUCUCGUCGAUCACUAAAUCUCCACUUUUCUUACGAGACUACAACUUAUCAAUCAUAUGUCAGAUAUCUUCCAGCGCUGCUAAAUCGUUUUUCUCAUCUAUCAUCCAUCUCCAUCGCCGGCUGCACAGAAUUACCUGAUUCGGCGCUAUUCGGCCUGAAGAACCUAAAAAUUAGCCUCCGCUCACUAUCCUUAUCCUGUUGCUUCAAAAUCACAGAUGAUGGUCUCGCUCACGUCGCCAUGCACUGCUCUCGACUGGUAUCGUUGACACUCUAUCGAUGCACAAUCACUGAUUUAGCAUUACAAAAUAUUGCAAAUUUCUGCAAAUUAUUGGAGAAUUUAAACUUAUCGUACUGCACUGACAUAACCGACCGUGGGAUUUGUGCACUUUCGACAGGGUGCCGAUUACUCCAUGUUUUAGUAUUGUCAUGUUGCAGUUAUGUAACUGGCAGUGGACUUAAAGGGUGUUCACAGACACUUGAAUACAUAGAGGCAGAGUGUUGUAUGUUUACCAAUGAAGGUCUGCUGCAAGCAGUGAGCGGUGGUGGACUGAAGUACUUAAAUCUCUCAAAUUCAAGAUGUUCGAUGAAUAUUGAUGUCUUAGCGCCCAUGCUCGUGUCGAGGCUUCGGUUUCUUAAUCUUCGCUUGUGCCGGUUUAUUUCAAAUGAAUCCGUGGUGACGAUAUCAAAGUCUUGUCCUUUGCUUGAGGAAUGGAGUGUUGCUGUGUGUCAUGAGAUUGGUGUGUUGGGAUGGGAAGCAAUUGGGUUGAAUUGUUGUGGUUUGAAGGUAUUGCAUGUCAACCGGUGUCGAAAUUUGUGUGAUAGAGGGUUGCAAAGUUUGCGAGAGGGGUGCGGCCGAUUAGGCGUUCUGUACAUGAAUGGAUGUAACGGGGUUAGUCCGUUGGGAGUCGAGUUGUUCAGGCUUAGAAGACAGGAUGUGGAGAUCAGAAGUGAGGAACUAUUGUCUAUUGGGCCUGGUAUUUUUGACUUCUUUGUGUAGAUAGGAUUUUAGCAACUGGAAAUGUGGAGUUUAUACAAAUUUUAUGCUUUUACUUUUUGCUUCAUGUUGAUAAUGUAUUUAUUAUGGCCUAAUAGAUUGAUAUAAAUUUU